AUGAGGCACAAAGUAGUAUUUCAAGAUGACGGUGGUCAUCUUCUUUUGGAGUAUUACUUUUUACAGCCCGCAUUUUGUCAGGAGUGUAUUUACUGCUUAACUAGUGUCGGUGUUACAGUUAUGACAUCAAGUCAUAAAUUAGCUUUAGGACUUCCUACUAAAUUAGCUCCAUAUCGAUCUGACACAGUUUACCCGGCACCAUUGCUACUCAUUUCCAUUGAGUCUCAUCAUCUCUUAAUCGAACAUGAUGUUAUGUCUAAUAUUAUGCACGAAGACAAUGUAUCUCUAUUCAAAGACUAUUGGUAUUGUCUUGAUAAUUCUGAAGAAUAUGUUUAUAUCAAUUUUAUGUCAAGUCUUCUCCGCCUUCAUUCCCGCUAUUAA